AUGUCACUGCUCGCGCGCGGGCCCAGCUGGCGUCGGACGCGGUUCCGCAGGCUGUGCAAAGUGCACCGUGCACUGAAGGCCCGCGGUGCCGUGAAGGCCUGUGAGGCCGCGGACGAGGAUCAAAAGGAAGCGCGGAGUCCGCGCCAGCGAUGGACAGAGAGCCUUGACCUCGUCGGCGACAUGGCGCCGCGGGAAGCCUGGACUUAUCCAUUGUUUCAGGAGGAGUGGCGCUGCUUUGCUGGAUACCUUCCCCAAGCCUUGCCCCCCAAAACCAGAGCUCGCUUCUUCCGUCUGGUGCACGAGGGCACCGUGUGGCUGCAGCCCAGCGGCCGCUGGGGCCCACUGCCGCUCCAGACCGCGUGGAUGUGCCAGAGCCCCUGCAGCUGUCGCUACCGCUACGGCGGCGCUGAGGUGCUACCAGCACCCUUUCCCGAAUGGAUGGCCGAAGUGAUGUCGGUGUGCAUGCCGCUCUGCGGCCUCAGUGGAGGCCAGUGGCCCAACAGCUGCAACCUGAACCUGUACCAGGAUGGCCAGCAUUCUGUGGGUUGGCACGCAGAUAACGAGGCCUUGUUCCAGGGCAAGGUGAAGGACUGCCGAAUCAUCUCCCUGUCGCUGGGUCAAAGCAGGCGCUUCGAACUUCUUUGCGGUCAAGAUUUCCAUCGCCUCGAGCUCGGCGACGGUGACCUGUGCACCAUGGAGGGCAUGACCCAAAAGUAUUACAAGCAUCGUGUGCCGAAAGUUGCGGGCAAGAAUGUGGGCGCACGAAUCAACCUGACCUGGAGGUGGAUCGUGCAGCACCACGACUGCCCUUGCGCCCCCUGCGCUCCCUGCGCUCCUGCGCCCCAACCCUCCGUUCUUGCGCCUGCCACGAACGUCACGAAAAAGCGAGCCCUCCGAGAAACAGACGAGGAUGAAGAGGCCGGCGAGCAGUCCAAGCGGACGAGGAGGCUGACGAGGCCGACGCCAUCGCCCUCCGAGGCUGCGGACCAAAGCCAGUCUAAGGCGCCGGAAAAAAAGGCUUGGAUCAAGGGCUGCGGAGGACUGGCCAAGCCUGGUCCUUUUUGUGCUCACACCGCAGUGCAUGCAUCCUCCCUGGAUGCUCACACUCAGUUGGAGGCCUUCCUGGAGAAGGUGUUCCUGCCUGCUUCUGAGAGUUGGUACUCUCGGCCUUCCGUCGAGCCAGAGCUUCCUCUGCCGCAGCCAACUCCAGCGUCGGCGCCGGUGCCUUCCGAGAGGCAAGCGACUGAAGAAGCGCAGGAGGGAGAAGAAGGCGAGAAGGAGGAACGGGAGGAGGAGAGUCCCCCGCCUCCUGAGCCAGUGCCUCCCGCAUUCUGGCCGGGGGCUGAGGAGUAA